AUGUCUCGGCAAGCCGCCACCUCAUCCCACUUCCGCAAGUCCAAGACCCUCGAUAACAAAUACGUGAGUUGAAUGUGAUUUUCUUCAAGUUGGUUACUACGCUUCUUCUUUUUUCUCCUCCUUGUUCUCGGAGAUUUGGUUUGGCUGUCUGAUCGAGGGUCGCGGGAUAAUUUAUCGAUAGAUGCUUGGGGAUGAGAUCGGGAAGGGAGCAUACGGGCGCGUAUACAAAGGGCUCGACUUGGAGAAUGGCGACUUCGUUGCGAUCAAGCAGGUUUCCCUGGAGAACAUUCCUCAAGAAGACCUCAACAUCAUCAUGGUAUGUUCUGUGAUCAUUAUUUUUUUCUUUAAGCCAAAUUACAAACCAUCAAUAUUCUACAAGGAUAUGUGUUUGAUACCAUGACGAAAAAUAAUCUCACAAGCAUCUCAAGGUGACCAUGCGGUAUGUCCUCCUGAAUUUCAGCUUUAAUGGCACACAUUGGUUAUCCCUUUUCUACUUAUUCGUAAUGAUUUGUUAGGCCAUCAUGUACUUGCCCAGAAUGCAUAUUGCUUUCAUGAAGGCAGACUGAUUCUUGUCCACUAGCUGGCUCAUGAUACAUUUUUAUGUGCUUUAAAUUAUUUUCGUUACAAUCGUUUGGCACUCUAUUGACAGGCCUGAAGUGUGGCCCUCUUUUCUUUUUGUCUCAUUUGGCUCUACUGCUUGAGAAAAAUACAGUCCAGACAGUACCUCAAACUACAAGAUGUAGUUCUUUAGAGCAUUUUGAAUCCCAAUUUGUCAACCUAUGAAUCCUUGAAAUGACUUCGUUCCAUAAUGGGAACACUCAUUGGUUGAACUCUCUCCUUCUAUCGGUUUGGGAAAUUUCAGUUGAUUUGUCUCAGAAAAUGAGUGUUCUUCCACUUUCUCCCGGAGAAAUAAUAACUGUUGCAUUUUUUGUUCUUCGAAUAAUAACAACUGAAGGACUUCUUUGAUUGUUAUGAAUUCUAAUAUACGCUUUUUUCAAUCAGAUCCCUCAAAUUUCAAAGGUCCAUUGGACCUCAAUUUCUGAGACAAGAAGUUUAUGUCUAAUGGAAACUGGCGAAAAUGGAGUUUCUUCUGAUCAAUUUUGUAUGCCCACAGAUGAUAGUCCAUUUCUUGUCAGCUAAAAUAGUUCUUAGAGAGAAAACAUGAAGAACUCUCCUAAUUUCCUGUACAAAUGGCUGAAAGCAAUGCCUGACUCUUGUCUCUAUGGCUUCUUUAAUUCAUAUUAAAAUUUAUACAAACCUAGACCCAGGUCAUCACAAUUUGAUUGUAGUGGUAUUCUGUGAAUAUUUUAAAUCCGGAGUUCCUCCUCUUGCUAGCCCUCAAAAGUAUUGCCAAAACGUGGUAAUAAUGACCUUACUUUCUUACAUUAGAGUUGUCCUGCAGUGUGAACACGUUAAAAGGCGAAAUGCAGUGUGAACAUUAGAGUAGUUCCGCAAUGUGAACAGGCUAGUCCUACAGAAGAUGGGGAAAUGCGGUUGAAAUCAAUAUGAACCCUGUGGAACCUAGUUCCUGUAAAUGGUGACGUGAUAUUUUUUGAUGCAGCUUCGCAUUUGUUCAAAGUUGAGACGGAUAGAUUUCAGUUAUUUCAUGAUAUAUUCCUGCGGAAACGGAAUUGCUCGAGGUUGGAGUAAAGGAGAAGAACUUCCAUGUACGUGGGGAUGGUAUCUACUAGUGCGAAAUACCCUGGGAUGGUUUCAGUUACGUGAGUAUCGUCAGUUCAUUCUGUUUAUCGUCUCCAUAAAGGAGAUAACCUGUAAUUAGGUAUGAGAGAAACCAGAACUUCUGAUGAUGGGAGAUCAUCAGUUUUUGCCUUACCAGACAUAAUAACAUGUUAGAAACAUUAGCUCAAACAUGCUGACACUCUUAUGGCACCAAUGGGAUUAGUGAUCAAUAGGACGAAUAAUAGUGGUUAACUCAGGUUGGCUUUUUUCUAGAUGCCAUUCACCACGAACUUACACCUGUGAAACAACAACCAAGUUCUCCGUGGAGCUCCAUUUGUCGAGCAGAAUUUUGGUAAACUUUAUCUUUCUAUCAUAUGCUUAAUUUAAUAGAAUCUUUUGCGUCUUUUGAAGGCCUGUAUGUUCUAUCAGUUACAGUUGUUCUGGGACACACCUAUUGUUACUAUAGCCUUUUGGACGGGCUUUAUUUAUUAGGGAAGUAGGCAUAUUUUUUUUCACUGUAAUGUUAGUAUUCUGUUAGGAGUUUUUAUCUCCUGUGCCAAUUAUUUAUUGAAUACAAAAGAUGAAUAUUUAAUCAUUGAAUUAUUUUAUUUAUUUAAUUUUAGAUAUGGAUUUAAGCUUUUUUUAUAUGCAACUAAAUGGACAUGAAUUUGAUAGAUUUUUGAGCCACCUUAUCUAUUGCAUUUGUCCUUGCUAGCCAUUAGAUAGUAGACUCAAUGCUGGUUAGCUGUGAAAAAAACAUUCUUUCAUUUUUAUCUAUUUGUGUUUUGAACUUAUGCAACUUUGAGGCCCGAGGAUAUUGUUCUCUUUUCUGACACAUCUAACAUUUUUUUUACUUUUGUUGCUCUCUUGGACGUGCCAUCUGUGUUUCAACAUCUUAGCUAGAAAUUGAUUUACUAAAGGUAUUUCUACACUGUAUGCAUUCUUUUAAUUUUUGUUUCAUGCAUUCAUUUUAUCCGAAAAAUUAUGGCAUAUAGUUAUGAAUCAUCUUUUCUUAAAAAUAAAAAUGGGGCUAUCCUCCAUCAGCUUUAGGUUGGAGUUUUAGAUUGUCUUGAUUGGGUGGAACUGUCUAUUUGGAGUUCUUCAAGAAUCUGAUCUAAUCUGAGUCUCCUUUCAUGCUGACGGGGAAUGCAUGUUCUUGCUGAACUUGAGACUUGUGCAGCACUUGUAGGUUGGAAUGCUAAAAUCAAUAUGGAAACGAGUAUAUUAGCAGGUAUCUUGGUUGAAUGUGCCACAGUAAUCUAUGGAUCUGAUAGAAAUGUUGGCCCUAAUCUGGAGAUAGAUCUCGACAAGGAGGGAGAGGAUUAGUUGUUCAUGAUGUAAGCAUUACGCAGAUUACAACAUGAUACGCAUUGAAAGAGUUAGACAAUAGUGCUGACAUGUGUUGUUGAGUGGUUAUUUCUGUAGACCUAUUCUAUUCCUCAAUCCUCCUUUUAGGAGUUCACUAUCUGUUCUCAACUUAAGUGUUGACACUUUUCUCCUGAGUUAUAUUUCCAUGCACAAAAUAGGUUAUUUUAUGUGGCUUUCCAUGAAACUCUGAAAAGUCAACUUUGUCAAAUUGAGUUAAUGUUGGGCAUUUUUGGCCCGUAGAACCUUUGUUUUGUCACCUCAAAUUCAAUCAAAAAAUCUGUAUUAAAUCAUCAAAAUCGAUUUAUUGGGUACAAUAAGAAGAUUGGGUACUAAAUCGUUCUGAUAAAGGAGGUUGAUUAUAUCUAGAUGUGGAAAACCAAAUGCCUAUUUCAAUAAGGCAUGCUCAUACUGUACUUUUCAUGAUUGAAUGUAUACUUUUAAGCUAAACAUUGAUUAAUGCUCUGCAGAAUUUGAACCAUAAGAACAUUGUGAAGUAUCUAGGAUCAUCAAAGACAAAGACUCAUCUGCACAUUAUUCUCGAGUGAGUUUUCAGAUUCGAGCUACUUAUUAGUCAAUAGUAGUUCCCUGCUCUCCAGAUUCAGUGUCAUAGUUCUUGAUGCUUUCUGUAUGUACAGAUAUGUGGAGAAUGGUUCACUUGCGAACAUUAUUAAGCCAAACAAAUUUGGACCAUUUCCUGAGUCUCUUGUGGCAGUAUAUAUAUCACAGGUGUGCCUGAGCUACAAUUAAUUGAUUCCUUUGCUCUCUUUGAGAUCCAAAUCUUAAUUUUUUGGGUGAAUAGGUAUUGGAAGGAUUGGUUUAUUUGCAUGAGCAAGGUGUGAUACAUCGAGACAUAAAGGGUGCAAACAUUUUAACAACCAAGGAGGUAUUUUAAUUUGUGGAUAUUCAUAGUUUUCCAUCCAUUUUUAAUAUUAGAGCUCCUAUCUGCUUGUAUCUUUUAUUUCUUUAUGGAGAUUCCAAAUUCGUUGUACUGUAACUGGUUAUCGUAAUCACACUUCCACAUCAAAUGUGUAAUUCCCUCAAAGAAUUGAUUUUUCCUAGACAGUGAGAAAGAACUCGAAAUAUGCUAUGCCUGAGAUUUUUGGGGGUAGUGCUUUAGCUGUAGUUUUUGAAGUUGAUUUUUGGGGUUGUAUAAGAGUAACAGAAACUCCAAGUCGUUAAUGCUUGAGAGUAUGAGCCAUUGUUCAAUGCAUUAUUUAAAGUUAACAUAGGAUGGUAGCUUUUAUGUUAUAUUUAGGAAUUAAACAUGCUGAACUUUGACCAUCAUAUAUAAAUUUGACAAGGUUCAGUGGGACGCAAUACAGUCUAUGAGUGAAAUACUUAUUUUGAUGUACCAAAUUCAUGGCUAGUGUUAGCAUUGACAUUGACACUUAUUUGAUCGAUGAUUUAAUUUUAAAGAAUCCUUAUGUUUUUUUGUUGUAUCUGUAUUUUUUGGGUCUCAAGAAUAUAUGUACAUUUGUAUAUACAUCUACAUAUAGGUGUUUGUAAGAAAUACAAAACGUGCAAAGAGAGCUGAUUUUUAUUUUUGAACUUAAAUGUAACUAUAUUUUCAUCUAUGAUGAUAGUUGAAUUCAUAUAGUUCUUUAUCGUGUUAUAAAUUAUGCGACCUUUAAAGAUGGUCUUCGUGCAUUGUAGCUUAGGCGUGGUAUCUGUGGUUUCCCACAUUAGCCGCAAUGGUCCAUUUUAUUUGGUCUGCUUAUGCGGUCCUUGAUGUCCUCAGAAGAUCACCCAGCAUCACGUUUGGUAACUAGAAAAAUCAUCAAAUCCUCUUUAAUUAUUCAAGACUUCUUCUGCUCCAAGGUCUCAUAAAGUCAAUAAAUCUUAGUGAAUGAUCCCACACUUAAGACAAAUAUUUCUGAGGUUUUACAGAGGACCCUAUCUCUAUAUUUGAUAUUCCUGAAUUUCUUACCUGAUGUUGGUUUUGGAGAAUACUUCCUCAUAGGGACAUUCUGUCCUUAAUCUAUGACGUUUUGUGAUACUUCUUCCCAACACCACACUCUAUACAGAUUCCAAUGAAUGGUUUUACCCUUGGAAUCCCAUCUGUAAUAUUUUCUUGUUAGAGGGGUGUAGAAAAAAGGUGGUACGUAUGAUCCCAUCUAUCUUGGAAUAUUUUCUUGUAAUAUUUUUGGAAUACUUAUCUUGGAAUCCCAUCUAUUUUUGGAAUCCCAAUAUUUCCAUUUUGCAAACCUUUACCUUCUGCAGUAGCACUUCUGGACUGGGUAAUUUGCCUUAAACCCUGUAAAGUUGGUACAUUGUUGAAAAUUUGACUGACUGACAAGAUCCAGAAACUAAUUGAUCUCACCGUGCGCUCAAAGAUAUUCCAUCACCCAUCCGCAAGUAUGUAAAAGCUGACCCUAAAUCUCCUUGUUUGGGGAUAUUGAACCAAAUAUUAAACCUUCGGAGUUAUGCUUCAUAUGCUACCCUGCCCGUAGAGCUUUCCUUUUAACUAUUUUCCACAAACUAAUUUUCACUCAGCCUUCACAACCACAAAUAGAUCAUUAUUAAAAAUCGUAAAACUAAAGACGUGUCCUGGAUGUAACAAAUAACUGCCAGAACACUCUGAUAAUCCCACUACUCUGCACCGCAUUUGUAUGUGAAUGCGUCUGUGUGUGGGUAUGCACAGUGGUGGUGGGGUCGAUGGAUAUAUCAGGGUGUUGUGUCAGGGGAUGUGCUGAGGUGCUGUUUCUGAUAUAUGAUCAAAAUUGUUCUUCUUGUACUGAUGGUGGAUAUGAUAUGGACACUAGAUAUAUGCGCGUUCUGUAUGCAUGGCUGUUUUAAUGCUGGAGAAGUGUAUUUGUUCUACUAAUCAUAAUUGAAGUGGAUAGUGUCUCUAUCAUAAAUUGGAAUAUCUGUUUCACUCUCUCAUUGUUUCCCUUUGUAUCUAACUUUACAUUGUUUGGCCACAUGCACAUCACAGGGUCUUGUCAAACUUGCCGAUUUUGGGGUUGCCACAAAACUAAACGAGGCCGAUCUCAAUACCCAUUCUGUGGUUGGAACACCUUACUGGAUGGCCCCUGAAGUAAGAAGCACUGAUUUUUGCUCAAAUUUUAUUCAGUUCCAAGCUUUCUGUUUUUAUUCAUCUUAGUAUGACCUUCUCAGAAAGGGCUACCUCUGUCUAUAUUUUUAUCAUUUUAAUCUUUUGCUUUCACAAAUUUAUGAUACCUUCACGCUGCCGCUAUUUGAUCUCAUAUGCAUUGGAAACAUCCUAUAGAAUUUUGAAGUACUAAGCAUUGGUUUUCGAUCAUUGUUUCCAAUGUAUAUCUUAAAAGCGUUUUGGCAUGGAACGUAAUUUGUAGGGUGGGGGAUGCGGUCAUACAUCAAACACUCAUGUGUUGUACCGCAUUAUAUUUUUUGUUGAUGGGUGUUUUCAACCAGAGUUCAUUGAUGAAUAACAUCUUCUAGUGAUAAGAUGGUUGUGGCCCGCAUGAAAUCAGGAUACACAUGUUGAAGACAAGAAGAAAGGCUUCCCGUUCUCUAUUUCAUCAUGGUUAUAGUCGGCCUUGGAUCAAUGUAGAAAAAUACUGGGCAGCCUAGCAUGGAAAAUAUUGGAGUAUAUUAUACGAAUCAGUUAUGUCACGUGACUUUGACUUGUCAAGAUAGAGUUUGACUACUUCAUUGCUAACUCUAAUAAGGUCGUGUAAUGCUUCCUGAAACUGCAUGUUCCUUUCCAACCCAGAGUGCCUAUAAGACUGCAAGCUUUGAAUGGCAGUAUGAGAAUGGAUGUAGAGAAACGAGAUAGAAUGAAUCGGUUAUAAGGCCCUUCCCCAAUGUGGGAUCUCAGAGCUUUCUUUAUAUGCUUUGUAACAUAUAGGAAAAAUAAAUCAUUACAAAAGGAGACAAUAAUAAGAUAUUGGAGUAUCCCAAAUAAUUAGAUACGACUCUACCUGAAUAGAGAAGAUUAAAAAAGGAACAAAAAUUAAUCCAUUUUCUAGCCCUUAUUCCGCAGGCUACUCAGUGACAACAACCAUGAGUUUUUUCAUGGUCAUUGCCCUAUAUUUCUACCACAGAUUCUUCAUGUUUUAUGCCCUGGGCGUUUUCCCCAUUGGAAGUUCAUAACUGGAAUUGUUAAUCUCCCGGUUAACUGAUUCGUCAGUCCAGAAUAAGUGCUGCAUGGUUCCUGUUUGGAAACGUCGUAAGAUGUCUGUGAUAACUUCCUAUAGAAGUAACCUCCUAUAUUAUCUACCUUAAGCUUAAUGUCCAUUUCAAACUAAAUCGAAUCAUCAGCAAAUUGAAACAGUGUCUCCUUGAAGUUAUCUCUUCCAAUCUUGAUGUCUCUCGUGUGUUCCCGAGUUGUAAGUAUGUACCACAUUGAACUUGAGUUUUUCUCUAUGAAUAUAAAAACGAAUGAUAAUUUUCCCUAGCCUCUUUAACUCCUGAAGAUGCAACAUUGUUGAUGGGGUUAUCUACGAUUGACGUACAGCUAUGACCUUAUCAACUCAUUCUUCUUAUACUUUAAAAUUUCUUACUGAGGCAAUCCCUGACUUACUGCGGCUCAUUGUUGAGACCCCAUCGGGCAUUUUCACAUUUGACACUGAAAUUAUGAUCAUUUUGGGAAAUGUGAUUAGUCUUGACAAUUUGCGCGCAAUUCCUCUGAGUCUCUUGUACAUCAUCUUGUAACACUAAGUAAUCCUAUUGAUCUGACUGUAGUCCUUUCCGCAGCUCCAUCCGUUAAAAUAAAACAAGUAGAAUUCAAAAGUUUCAUUGGGAGUGGCUGCCUUGAAGUUGUUAUACCAUAAUCAUUUAAUCCUGCUCGGAUUGUCUCCUAACAUGUUGACAAAAACCUAAGGAAAAUGCGUCAAGUUUCAGAAUUUCAUUGUUACCUAUACGACAAUCUGAUCUUAUCAGUUCCUUCUUAAAUGGAGUCAUUCAUGUAUGUUUCUGUAGAAAUAAUUCAUUGAUUUUUUCGAUCAAUAUGUCAACAUUCCUGUGCCUUUUCUUAUGUUUCCUAUCCGAUUCCUAUUUUUUCCGCUUAUUCCAUUGACGCAGUCUCUUUGUAACCGAUCUAAUACCUUUCAUAAAAUUGAUUAUUAAGUUUUAAAUGGGUGUUUCAGUUCAUCUCUGAUUCACGAGUCCUCGAAUCCUUCUCUACAAAAACUUCUCUUUUGCUGCGAUUUUGGGACCUCUUACACAAGAUUUUGGAUAACAUUGAUGACUUGUAUGCAACAGAAAAUCUGUCCAGUGUCAAUCAUAUAGUUUGUAUUUACGUUUUUUCCUGAUAUGUCUUAUUUUGGAUAUGCAUCUCUAUUUGUUUAUUAUCUUUCAGACCCCUUUAGACUGUCCACGUCAUUCCCUCUGAAAUCGGAUACUGUUAAAAUCCCCUCCCAGACUAUCUUUGCAGAACUUUCUUUUGACUUUCACAUCUCCCUAAAUAAACUAAAUGCAAAACUAUUGUUUUCUGCUACUCAUUCAAGGAUCAAUGCCGUUCUGUUUUCUCAUCUUUAACCUCAAUGGUAAUGAUAAAUUCACCUUCAGAGUUCUUUUGUACUGAAUUCUUUUACCCUGUGAUAAUUUGCCCUGGUGCAUCCUUCUUCAGGCUUGUAUUUUCAUCUAGUUAGUGAAAUCCUUUCUAAUUUUGGGUGAAAUCAGGCUACCUUUCUCAAUGAUUCCCUGACCACCGAUGAUAUUGGGUACGUGGUAUGCAAUGUGGACUGAUAGCCAUGACUCUCCCCUAGUUGCACCAUUUAGACGAUCCAAUGCACUUUAAAAGAAGCAGAUUGGUGCUGGGCGAACGUCCAAUGAGCUCCUUUGAAAAUAUCUUACCUAGUCCAGAUGGCAAAAGAGCAGACAUGUUAUCAAAUAUGACGAAGUCCUAACAGAAAUUCCUGGCCCUUGUACCUCUUCUCAUCACAUGCAGUUUACCUUCCACAAAAAAUUAAAAAGUCAUUGCUGCAUGUCAUUUUCAUGGAAGUCAGGUCUACUUCGAUGCUUGUUGAUUCUUACUCGGGAUUUUAAUACAAUAAGCUUAGCUAUAUUCUUUUCAUUUUGUAGUUGAUUUAAAGGGAAACUACGAUCACAUUCCUGAAUUCUUAUCCUUCUAGUUCUUCUGCCUGUGUAGUUUCUAAUUUAUACUCUGGAUGGAUAAAAGUUCCCAACAUCUGCAUCAAUUUCUAAUAAAAUGAGCGCUAUUUUUAGAAUCAUGCCUUCCAUUGUUAUUUGCUUAUGUUUUUGUACAUACUAGCUUCUUAUAAUUUUAUCUUAUCUGUUAGAUUAGUUUUCUUUAGUGACAUGAAUGGUAUCUGAUUCAGGUGAUUGAAAUGUCUGGGGUUUGCGCAGCAUCUGAUAUUUGGAGUGUUGGAUGCACUGUAAUUGAGCUUCUUACUUGUGUACCCCCAUAUUAUGAUCUCCAGCCUAUGCCAGCACUUUUUCGCAUUGUCCAGGUCACAGCUGCUUUUCAAAUCCUUUCAGUUGUGAUUCUGUCAGUGAUAUUUAUUACUCUUUUUUGUUGGUCUAUAAUUGUUGUUUUAGAGAAUGCUUCUUAAAUAUUAUCAUUUUGUACGGGUACCAGUCAGCUUGAUGAACAAGCCCAGAAACCUGGGCCUGGGUCUUCUAAAAUAACCAGACAACAUGAGAGAGUUUAGGAAUAAUACUGUAGCUUUAGUCGGGCUGGAAGAGAGAUCCUAUCUUCUCACACAUCUUUAAAACCGGAAGAGCUUAGGAUGAGAGAUCCAAUCUUCCUAUUAAUUUUUUUUAAUUGUUAGUCGAACUUUUAUCAUCUAUGGAAUAAUACUGUAGCUUUAGUUGGGCUGGUUGUUGUCAGGUGAUGAUAAUACAUAUAAUGGUGGAGUUAAAAAAUCUGAAACUGCCAAUUCUGUUAAAUACAAGAAGUUCAAAUAUUGCCAAUGUCAUGCAGUUGUUAUCGAUGUCAAGCAUGAGAGAGUUUCAACUGAUAAUGGUACAUUGUUCUGUCCUCUUUUUACACUGUAUACUGGACAUCUCUUUUGUUAGAGAAGAGCUUUAUUUUGGAGGACUGGAGUUUCAUAAGGAAAAAAGCUUGACAAAAGGUGUGAGAGCUGGUUUUGGUGACUACUUGAAGAUAUGGAUUCUAUCCAAAUCAGUGUUAUCCAACUUGAGAAUUACUCCGUGAUGAUUUUAAGAUCCCAUACCCAAUAGAGAGAUUGAUCAAAGCUGUAGAAGCUUAUUCCUUUGCGAAGGGGGAAAGAAAGACACUAGAAGGCUCUGCCUUGUGAUGUGGAUAGAAUUUGGAGAAGGCAAUAAGGAGAGGUACAAACUGUCUACAUUUGUAAAUUUAACUGAGGCACUUUUUGUAACCUGGUUGUGGAUAUUAAAUAAAAAAGGUUAUGCCGUGGAAAAGGAUUGUUAAAAGCGGAUAUUAUAAGACAAACAAAUCGGACAUGAAACUACCAAUCACUCCUCCAAACAUCUAGAUUUUUCUACAUAAUUUACCCUUUUUCAAUUCGAUUAAUUUCAUGUCAAUGAUGUCACGUUAGGUUUUUGUAAGACAACUGUUUUUAAUGUAAGUCCCUCUUAAUGCAAAUAAAGAACAAUAGGAAAUCAUCCAUGAAAUUCCUGGAAGAAUGUGAGGUGAGCACUUUUGAAAAUCUCUUUCAAAAUGGUAAAUCAAUGACUUCCAGGAUCUGCAAGAAGCAGUGCAGAUUAUUCAGAGAAGAGGGAUCACAGGGGUACGUUUCCUGUUCCACCCUCUAUUUGAGUACAACAUUUUGUAAAGAGGAAAAAUUUCCCUGUUAGCCCACUUGUUCUAAAUUAAUGGUAUAUGUAGAGCUUGGUGGAGGAUACUACUGUGGGAUUAGUUAUUGCCUAGAAAGAUUAAAAUUUUCCUAUAGAAAUUUUUAACGGAAAAUUACUAAGGGUAGCUGUGGUUUUAGAAUUUUUGUUUGUGGUUCGUUAAAUGAUUAAUGAAAUUUGGGGCCAAGUCAUCAGAAGAUAGCGUGGUAGAGUUGUUGAAGUUUUCAUAUCUGUUUAUGAAAGGGGAUGAAGGGUUGUGGUAGUGGUAUGGUUUAUUUGUGGAUAAAGGAACAUGAGAAAGUUCCAUUUAUCCUAUGAGCUUAUGGCCAGAGUCAUUCACAUCAGCUGAGUUUCUUAUGAAAUGAAGUGUCGCAUGUUGCAUUUGAAUUCUAUCUUCAUUAACAGGCAACAUAAACUUCUCUAAGCAGCGAGUGCUUCUUUUUCUGAGUGCGUCAGCUCAAUUAUGAAUUGUUCAAUUUUGUGAAAUGCAUAAGCUGUGGGCUUGAUAGAGUAGGUAAUGCUGAGUUUGAACAGUUCUUUCUUUCAAGUUUAUUAUUGGUUGGCUGUUUACCUGAAAGCUGUACCUUUUAGCUGUGUUCAAUGAAGGUUUUAAAAAAGAUUUAGUCUUGAUAUUAUUUAGGUUAGAGAUAUACAAUAGCUGGAGUGCAGCUAGUAAAUUUGCGCCUUAUGACCUUAAGCUAGCCAUUUAUGACCUUAAGAAAUCUUCGUUUUAGGAUUUGCCAGACUUGAAAAAUCUUUAUCCAUACUGAUGAAAAAAAAAAGUUUAUCGAUCACGUACCUAGGAUACUCCUUUGUGUGAUGAAUAUGAGUACCACCUGCAAAGGACAUGCUUAAACGUACAAUAUCUGUGUUUUAAGGACCAGUGAUAUGAGGUUAACUUACGCUAUAUUAUAUUAGGUUCUUGUGAAGUUAUGCAUUCUGAUCUUUACGAAGUUGAAAUUUCGACUGUAAUUUGAAGUGAACAUUAAAUGCUUGUUUCAUAUGCUAAAUUAGGCUUAAAGACUGAUAUGAAUGGACCUGGACUUUGUCUAACAUUUGUCUUCUUUGAAUGUCAGAUAUUUUAUAGAAUUGUGGGAGUUUAUAUUUCUAGAAAUGGUUCUUUUGCCUUAAUAAUCUGCUUUAAGUUUCUAUUUCUUUCAUAUGCUUACGUUUUGUUAUGGUGUCUUUAAUUUCCAGGAUAAGCACCCUCCAUUACCUGAUGGCCUAACACCUGCCAUUACAGAUUUUCUGCUUCAAUGUUUCAAAAAGGUUGUAGGAAUAUUGCUUGAAAGCUUCUUAUAAUCGAUUUAUAUUCUUCUUGCUAUUUUGGGUCUUAUCAUAUCCUUUUUCUUGCUAUUCUUUACUCAAAGUUUCUCCUUGAUUAUAUGUCAUAAAUACAAUCACAGUGAUGAGUUUGUUGUUCCUUUUGUUCUCCCAACUCGUAUAGUCUACCUGCCCAUUUUACUAAAUUAACUUUGAGAUGCAUCUGUAGGAUGCUAUGCAGAGACCAGAUGCAAAGACAUUAUUGUCUCACCCCUGGAUUCAGAACACUAGGCGUGCUUUUCAGUCCUCACUCCGGAAAAGCGGAAGAGUAAGGUGGAAAUCUAUCCCUUGGUUCUUAUGGCUCCUGUAGUAGUUCACUAGGAUCCAUGUGCUUUCUUUACUCUAUCCUUGUGACUAUUUCUUUACCAGAUAUGCUCUUUGAUACGUAUGCAAUCUCUAUGUAGUGAGAAAUUUGUGAUGAUAAGGUUGCGUUUCUGGUUUAUAAAUCUAGUAAAGUUUGUGUACGGCUUGUAUUACCCUCCUCAGUCCUUGCUUUGUUAUCUUACCUUGUUAGUGAUAGAAUGGUAGUGAUGGCAGUUCAUCAAUUUCAUAAUCACAACUACCUUAAUUUUCAUUGUUCUAAUUUAUAGUUGGAUAUAUGGGUCCAAUACAGGCGCAAGCUAUCUAUACAAAGCUACAUGGAUCUCCUUGGACCAUUCUAUGUCCAUAAUUUGUAUUGAAUUCGAUAGAUAAUGCGUCAUAAUGAUGAUGAAUUAAAGUAAUUUCAUUUGUCCUUGUUGAAGAACCAUCAAAGACAAAGUCUAGGACAUGUGGCCACAUCAGUUUUUUGGUUUCAAAUGGUUUUCAUGCGUGAGCAUGUCAAAUCUCUAAUGUUGAAAAGCAACAGUCACAUUAUAUUCCAUUACAAGUUGUAAACACCAUAUAGAGCAUUAUGAUCUAUAACAUUCAUGAGAAAAAUUGUCAUCAUUGUAGUGUCAAAGGUCUAGUCUGUGUAUGGAAGCUGCUGGUUUCGUUAUCACGAAUGGAUGAAUAAGAAGUGGUGGUUAUCAUACUCAUGAAUGGCUGAACGCGAUCUCAUGCUUGAGUGAAUGGUUCUUACUUGAUGAAUAAGAAGUGUAUGGAAUCCUUUGAUGUGAGGCAUUUAGGUGACAUUGAUGUGUACAUAUAUCUAUAUAUAUAUAUAUAUAUAUAUAUAUAUAUAUAUAUAUAUAUGAACUCAUACUAGACAAUAAUCAAUUAGGUUUUGACGAAAAAUCUUUGUAUGGAGGGAGAAAGGUGGAAAACCGAGAAAACCUCAGUGUUCUUCGGGAGUUGGAAAAACAACUUAGAGUUGGAAAAAAUCAAAUCUUUGAUGACUCUCUCGUACAUGAUUGAGUUGCGAAUCUUCGGGAUAGGAAUCCUACAUCAGAACUGAGUUCCUUCUAGAUAAAGAACCUCUUUCUAGUUGCUCUGAAACAAUUGGGAGAUUCUCUGGAAGAAAUGCAUGGUUCUGCUUCUGACAAUAAGAUGCUAUUGGGUGUUGGUCCUGCCUAAGUGGUUCAGUCCAUACGUUCUAAGAAUAAAUAUUUGAAUUUCAAUCUCAUCAUUCUCAUAAUUAUCAUACCAAGUUCCCUCAAUCCAAUCAUUUUUUCGAGAAAUUUGAGACAUCUUACUUUGAUAUUAUGAAGAAGAACCUUCAAAUGGAGGGAGAAAAGCGGAACACUUGGAAGACCCUAGGUGUUGGCGUAGAGAAUAUAAGAGAAUAGAUGGAGGCCCAAAAAUCCCAAGGCCAAAUGGUGGAGGUAAUCUCUAUAUAUUAUCCUCACGAUUCAUUCUAAAGGGUAAUGCUAUAUGUAUAGAUUCCACAGUACAUGUUUAGUGGACCCAUAGUAGAUUGGGGACUUAAUAGGUUAGCGAGUCCAAACAAGAUAUAAGAUUAAAUGGCCACAACUAACACUAAUACAAAGAAGCGAAGAAACGAUAAUUUGUAAGGGUUGGAUAAUCAAAUAUAUGGUAAAAAAUGUUAACUAUGCAGCUGGUGGUGGAUUCUUGCCUCCAUUGCCUUGUUUAUCUUAAUAAGGUUUGUGACUAUUGUUUAAACCGUCAAGUAGGCCACAAGGUUGCCAAGCUGCUAUUUUCAAGUUAGAUAGCCAAGCGACACUGUCAUGAUCACAUUCUAUUGUGCAUUUGACAAGUGAAGGGUGGGCGCACUGAUUCAGCUUUCUUGUUGAUUGUGUUGGAUGCUUCACUUUUGGUUGAAAGAUCCUGCAUUUGAAUCAUUGUUAACAUAGGUUAGGAACAUGUUAGAGAGUUCCACGUAUCUCUCCUUUUCUUCUAUGUCACAGCUACUGAUGUAAUAAAAAUAUAGAAUGUUCAUGGUUGCCUUGAAUACGUUUCAGAUUAGUCUUAGGUAGCUCUCUCCACCCUUGCAAACUCUUUUUGGGAAUGCCAUCACUUGGUUUAGUUUUUUGUAAUUUGGAUUGAUCUUGGUCUGUUUUAGGGUUGUUGAGGACUCCGCAGUAACUGAGGAAAGCAUAUCCAGGGGAGAUCAUUCAAGUGAAAUACCCUCAGAAGAGAAAAUAAGAGAUCAUUCUUCCCAAUUUGAAAGAGUGAGUACCCUUCGUGCUGAGGAACUUUGUUUCUAACUUCAAAUUAUGCUUAUGGUUACUUAAUUAAGAAAAUCUAAUUCAUAUGGUCUCAUCCAUUUUCUCAAGUACUUUUUGAUGGAUGUGAUGCUUCAGUAGAUGAUGCUGACAUGUUUCAGUUUCUGUCUGCAUUAUUUCUCACAGGAAGAGUCAAGGAAAGAGUUAUCACCGGGAACUAGUGAGACGAGUGUAUCUGACCAGGAUAGAAUUUUGGAUAAAAACAACAUUGAGAAGUCUUGUUCAAGUACGAUGAAUAAUUCAAAAGAUGACUUAUUUUCUAAUCAGGAUCCAACUCUGGUUUUUCGUGAAAUACCAUAUGAGAGAUCUGGUUCCCUGCUGGUAUCUUCCUCUGGAGAAACUGAUUGUAACCAACCAGAUGGCCCUGCCAAUCCAUCAAACAGAAUUGAACAUGAAAAGCUUCUUAGUAAUGGAGAGGUGCAUUUUGCAGAGUCAAGAAGGAACGAUGCUUUUGAAGAUGAGAAUGGGAGGCCCAGUCUUGGUGAAAUUAAUAUAUUUGCCUUUGGGCCUGGAGUCCAAGAUGUGCAUACUCAAAAGGUCAAACCUUUUCUUUUUUUUAUUCGUCAAAUAUUUCCUGCCAACUUGUAAGUGAUUUUUAUAAGUUUCUUUUCCUUAUUACUAGAGUAUUUUAUUUCAAUUUAUUAUUUAAAACUUUUAUUUUAUUUUUAUAUUGGUCAAAUGUGCUUUAGUACUGAGUUGAAGAAGAUAAAACUGUGUUACGUGACUGAACCAAUACAAGUUUCAAAUCCCUGUUACCUGCAGGUUGAGUAUUGGAAAACUUUAAGUCUUUUAUAGAGAAUUUAUUAUUUCAUGAAAUUCUUGACAAAAGUGUAUACGAGUCAAAUCGACAGAGUUGUUCUGAUUGACCCUAAUUCCCAUUGGAGAUGGUAGUAUCUGGAAUACCAAGUUUACCUUUGUGGGUCUCACCAUCUCCAGUCUCAGAUGCAACAUUCAGAUCACUGGGUUUGCUGUGUUUGGAGUAUUUCUUGAUGUAUUAAUCUUAACAUCAUUCUUUCUGUCAUUUUUUUUGUUGACCAUUCAAUGUGAUGAAUUUUAUUUGGUAGUUGGCUUAUCUGUGGGAUCAUAUUUUUGCUAAUUAGAACGAGAUAUUUUCUCACAGGAGGCUCUCAUUUGCGAUCUUAAGGGAAAGCUAUGCCUGCUGAAUGCUUUCAUGUUUCUUUGGUUUAAGUUCUGUUUCAGUAAUUUUCAUGUAGCGUAGACAGCUUUGUUUCUGUAACACGCUUUCUCCAAAUGUUAUCUCAUAACUUUUUUGUAUCUACUUUGCAGGUUACAAAGCCUUUAGUUGUUUCUGGGAGCAAUGAGCUCAGUCGGUUCAGUGAUACACCGGGAGAUGCUUCCCUGGAUGAUUUAUUUCAGCCCUUAGAGAGAGUGCAUGAAGACCAAGCUGCUGAAGCUUCAAUCUCUACCUCAUCAUUACAUCCAGGCCAAGGUAACUUGCCCAUUGCAGAGGGUAAGCACGACUUGGCAUCGACCCUGAAGGCUAGAAUAGCUCAGAAAAAAAUGGAAACUGAAACAGGACAUAGAAAUGGUGGAGAGCUCCUACAACUAAUGAUGGGGGCUUUGAGAGAAGAUGUGAUUGAUUUGGACAGCUCGGUGAGAGUUUUUACUGCCUCGUUGCAUGUCUGAAAAUUACACUAUUUUGUGUGGGAAGUGGAUUUGAACCGUUUCAAACAUCAUUUCUUUCAUUUGUCAUAGCCGCUGGUGCUGAAUUAUAGCUUUGAAGCUGUCCUGUUUUCCUGCUAUGACUGAAUAAAAAUAUAGUCGUGUUCCUGUUUUCCUGUUUCAAACAUCAAUUCUUUCAUUUGUCCAAUGCUGGUCAUAUACUACAGUCGCGUUCUAGUUGCCUGGGCUCGAAUAAAAUCAUGUAAAAAUGGGUAAUUGGCGCUGAAAUAUCCUAAGAGGACUCUACCUCUUUGAACAUCUUAAAAUUCAAAACCGGAGGAUACAAUCUUAGAACAAGAUUGCUUCUUCUUUUUCUCUUUUUUGGAUACACCUUUUAAAACACUUAUUAACAUUUUGCAUUAACCAGAUCUGGGACUGGAUUGGGCCCAACUUCUUGAAACUUUGCAGAAUUACUGCUCCAUAGUGUAUUUUGGUACGAAGUUGCAUUCCAUCUUAAGUUUUUUAGAACAAAAGGUGACAGUUGUUACAGCUGGAGCUGUAAUGUUGUGCUCUUUAAUGAACAUUCAUAAAAAUGAGGGGUCCAAGUUAACAAGAUAUGAAGCAGUUACCAUUUAUGAAGGCUGUCUGUAAGAGAUGAUUCUUAAUCAGGCAUUUACCAACACCAACGUGGGGAAAAGACUUGUUGGUCAAUUGACGAGAAGAGAAAAACAAACAGAGCUGCUAUUGUUCUGUUUUGAUGUUGGAUAACUCAUAUUUUCAUCGCUGAUAGAGUGAGAUUUAUAUGGUUAACUGAUACAGAUAUUUGUUGGCCUUCGUGGCAUAGAAUAUAGAGAAGAGAAAGGAUUUUAACCGGCAUAUUUUGUGUCUUAUUGGCAGGUCUUUGAAGAUAACUUGCCUGGAAACAACCUUUUUCCAUUACAGGUACUGGUUUUGAUGUUAAAAAUUUUCCUAUUUUUUCUGUCGAAGGAUAUGAUGUAUUUCAAAUAAUGUUUCUUUCGUCUGCUUCACGAUAUUUUUGGCUAAUUACAAACUCUCAAAUCGAUUUGAAUAGUUUGUAGCAUGAUUGACGUGUUACUCUUGAGAGCCAUACUAAAUCUUCAUGUUCUGUUUCACCUUCUCAGGCAGUAGAAUUCAGCAAAAUUGUUGGAUUAUUGAAGCCUGAGGAACCUGAAGAUGUAAUUGUAUCAUCUUGCCAGAAGCUUAUUUCGAUUAUUCAUCAACGCCCAGAGCAAAAACAAAUUUUCCUCUCCCAGCAUGGUUUUCUGCCAUUAAUGGAAUUGCUUGAAGUCCCCAAGAGCCGGGUAUGCACGAUCACUUAUAUUGUUUUACGGGAUGGAUUAUUCAAUACCCAGUCUUUUUAUAUCCAUAUCUAUUACUUGCAUUUGGCUGAACACAAAUGCCAUUUGUAAUGCCAUUUUUAUUUGACGCGCCCAAACAUUUUCAGUUUGACAUUAUAUUUAUUUUUUCCCGAUCUCCAGGUUAUUUGUUAUGUCCUCCAAAUUAUCAAUCAAAUUAUCAAGGACAAUGUUAGUUUUCAAGAAAAUGCGUGUCUCAUUGGUCUUGUAAGUAUCAAUAAUAAUUUUUGGACAACUAAUGAUUCCAAAGGCGUCUAUUUUUAGCAAUUUCUUCACACUUUAAUAACCAUUUCUUUAAUGACUUUUGAUUUUAAUUAGAUUCCAGUUGUAAUGGGCUUUGCAAUGCCGGAUCAUCCACGUGAUGUUCGUAUGCAGGCUGCAUUUUUCUUUCAGCAACUGUGUCAAUCAAGGUUCGGGGAACAUAAAGUGUGAAUGUUUUUUACGGCAGUCCUAGCAUGUUUUGAAAAUAAUCUUGUAUCUGCUUGUGGUUUAGCUCAUUGACUCUGCAGAUGUUCAUCGCUUGUCGGGGAAUACCUAUCCUGGUGGGGUUUCUAGAGGCUGAUUAUGCCAAGUAUAGGUUUGUAUUUGUGCCUGACUUGGACAUCUGUUAUCAUAUGUAACUGUUAUCCUUUUGGCUUGCUAAAGUUCGUGUGAACUGAGGUCUUUAUGUGCAGGGAAAUGGUUCAUCUCGCUAUUGAUGGAAUGUGGCAAGUCUUUAAGUUGCAGCACUCGAUACCAAGAAAUGACUUCUGUCAUAUUGCUGCAAAGAAUGGCAUACUGAUUAGGCUUGUGAACACACUUCACAGUCUAAACGAGGCAACUCGACUGGCCUAUGUGUCUGGAUGUGGAUCCCUCCCGACAAGUGGUUCAACUCAAACGUCAGAAAUCGAUCGAGUAGGUAUAAAAAGUUUCGUGGAAGAGUCUGAGAAACGUCCAAGCCAUGUUACACUAGAGAACUCACUGUCAGCUAAGUUCUCUGAGACAUCACCCAUGGAAAAUGUUGCACAUACGACAAAUAGAAUUUCCAUGGCAGGUGUCAAGGACUGGGAACAUUCUGAUUUGCGCAAGCCUGACUCUUCUAGAGUAGAAGUCGAUGGAGUGAGGCAGCAACGGGGUUCGUACUCUGUGAAUAGAAGUUCAAUUGAUAAGGCACCAAAACUGAUAGAACUUGCACCAAAUGGACAUAGCACUGGUAUCAAUGUAUCUGGGUCUCAACAAGACACUGUAAGACCGCUUUUGAGCCUAUUAGAGAAGGAGCCUCCUUCUCGACAUGUUUCUGGGCAGCUUGAGUAUGUACGCCAUAUUUCUGGACUGGAAAGGCAUGAAAGCAUUUUGCCGCUACUCCAUGGAUCCGUAGAAAAGAAAACAAAUGGUGAACUUGAUUUUCUAAUAGCAGAAUUUGCUGGUGAGUUUUUCUAAGCGUCUGAUUGAACUUCUUUUUCCUAAGGCAGUAUCAUUGCCGACUUUUUUCCUGUGUGGUCGUGGAAACAUUGAAUAUUUUCUUAAAUCUUGUCUUUUUCUGCAUCAGUUUUAUGAAGGAUGUAUAUAAAUUUGCCAUAGAGAUGUAUAAGCAUCCUUGGGGCGAUUGGGCAUUGAACAGAAGUUAUAACAAUAUUUACGGUUGUUGACAGCAGAUUUAUGGUUUUACAAUUCCGAAAAAUCUUCUGUCGAAUGGGACCAAUGUCUGUGUUUGUGAUUUUCUUUUUUUUUCGUAGAAAUGUGAAGUCUGCUGGGACACUGGGUGAAAAUUUAAUAUUUUAAUGAUUUUUUCUACAUAUGUUUUAUAAUGAAUAUUUAUAAUUUUUGUGUAGUAUUUAGAAACCUUCUUUGUAAAUUUCCAUUUUUGGACAAGGAAGAAAAAGUUGUGGUCUUUAACUAUGGACGUUUAAGUUAACUUCCUAUUGUCAGGCUAUUUCCCAAAAUGUUUAAUAUGAUGUACAAUGGUUACAUUGGAUUCGGGAUGAUGGGUUUAUAUUUGCUUAUCACCUUCUUCUGUUGAAAUCAAAACAUGGCAAGUGUUCAUAGAAGAAUAUUUAUGAGAGGCUUUGAGGUAAUCUGAGUGUUCAACGAUCAUUUCUUAUAUUUUUUUCUGACAAAUAAGCUUAUAUUCCUUUUCUCGCAUCCUCUGCAUUCUGUGAUUAAAUCAGUUGAUAAUGCUCAAAGAAACUUCUAUUACGUCUUCCGUAUGUCAGUUCAUUAUGUGUUAACGAAACGUCAUUCAUUUCGUAUUAUGUGGUCCUCAGAUUUUUCUUAUGUUGUUACAGAGGUCUCAAGACGUGGACGGGAAAGUGCAAGUCAAGAUGGCAUACAGAAGAUGCCAAAUAGAACACCAAAUGUAAAGAUUCCCACAUAUAGUGUUGGGUUGGCGACAAUCAAUGAUGGAGUAGCUUCCUCUUCUGGAGUUGCAUCCCAGACAGCAUCAGGUGUUCUAUCAGGAUCUGGCGUUUUAAAUGCAAGGCCGGGAAGUGCAACAUCCUCGGGAUUACUUACGCAGAUGGUGUCAUCGUCCAGUGCUGAUGUGGCAAGGGAAUAUCUUGAAAAAGUAGCAGAUCUUCUGCUUGAAUUCUCCCAAGCAGAUACUGCAGUAAAGGCAUUUAUGUGCAGCCAAAGUUUGCUUGCUCGUCUCUUCCAGAUGUUCAAUAAGAUAGAGCCUCCUAUUCUUUUGAAGGUUUGCAUGUCUUCUCCUCAUGAAUAUUCAUGGGCUAUCUUAUGCGUUUUCUAACCCCGUUUUCUUCAUCUCUAAAUGCAGAUAUUGAAGUGUAUCAAUUUUUUGUCAGCUGAUCCAAACUGUUUAGAGAGUCUUCAACGUGCAGAUGCCAUCAAGCAUUUAAUCCCAAAUCUAGAACUUCAUGAUUGUCCUCUUGUCUUCCAAGUUCAUAACGAAGUGAGUUUUCUUCCUUUAGGAUCUUCGUUGGCCACUCAACUUGCCGUCUUUCGAAGUACUGAUUAUUUUGCUUUUUGUGGCGUAUAGAUAAACCUACUGUGAAUGCGUUUUCCUGUUGCUUCUUUAUUGAGUUCAUUGCCUACAAUUGCUCGACAGAACUGAAGCAUUAUUCGAUCCCUUUCAUUAAGUUAUUUACAAACAUAGUUUCCAUGUACCUUUCACCAAUCAGCCCAUUUCUCGUGGCUGGGAGAUACGACGUCCCCAUGAUAUUUUUGUGGCCUAGGUUUAGCCUAGAUUUGCUGUGGGAGAGACCCGGUUUUCCACCUUUAACUUGUCCAAUCACGCAUACUUUCUGACAUUAUAUUCUUGGUAAGUCUGGAAAUGGUCUCCAUGUUUCUGACAGCUGCUCAAUUUUUUUGAGUUCCAAGAAUCAAUGUCUACAUUUUUUUUGAUAUCUUAUCUAUGUCAUCCUCUGUAUAUCUGCAUGGUUGCCUAGGAGAAAAAAUAUUGUGCCAAUCUGAUCCAUCUGGUUUGGAUACUGCAAGCCGUGUCACAUCUUCUAAGGAUAUGUCAUGUGAUUUACUCUAUCAUGCUGUGGAAAUUGCAGAACGAAGGUAUCAUGAUACAGAGGAGAAUUUUGUUCUUGUUUUUUCUGUCGAAUGACUGCAGAAGUUGUUGAUGUAAAGAUUUCAGUGCACAGUAGGAAAAAGGUGUUUCUCUCCAGUUUUUCGUGUUUUCAGAAUUCAUUAGGGUUCUGGUGCCCACAUAAGCUGUAAACCACUGGUUGUUCACAUAAUUUCAGGGAUUUGCCGAAAUAAUUAUUAUCUCAAUUAUGGCACAAUGCAGAUAAAGCGUGGUUUAAUGCCUCGCCACGACACGUCUCUCGCCGUAUGAGUUGCAUCAGCUUUUUAUUCUGAUUUCUGACAUACAUUAAGGUCAACUGAGCUGCACGAACUAUUGCAAAAAAUUCUCAUUACUGUAGGAGGGUAGAUUUGUCAAGUGGCAGAAUCUGACCGUUUCGGAGGUCUCGUUUCCCAACCUUUAUCUUGAGGGUAGCCUGAUAGUACUUCUCCAACCGCAUCUUCUUCUAUUUUUUGAUUAAAUGGUUGCCGGGUUAUGCGAUUGAUUUGUCAAUAAAUGUUCUUUACCCCCUAUUUGUCAUCCUUUCCUAUGAAAACUGCCAUCAUGUUUUUCAGCGCACUUUAGUCAACGAUGAACGGGAAGUUCUGUUCAGAGCUCUGUGACAGAUUUCGUCAUUUUUUCUAUAUGUGAAGGUCCUCCAUGCACUGUUCAACCUUUGCAAGAUAAACAAGCGGAGGCAGGAGCAAGCCGCCGAGAAUGGAAUUAUUCCGCAUCUGUUGAACUUCAUCAUGUCGGGUUCACCGUUGCGGCAGUUUGCGCUGCCUCUGUUGUGCGACAUGGCCCAUGCGUCUCGUAACUCAAGGGAGCAGCUGCGGGCCCACGGGGGGCUCGAGAUAUAUCUGACCCUCCUGGAGGAUGAAGUGUGGGCAGUGACGGCGUUGGACUCUCUCGCAGUGUGCUUAGCGCACGACAAUGAUCAUCGGAAAGUGGAGCAGGCGCUGCUGAAGAAGGAAGCCAUCCAGAAGCUGGUUAAAUUCUUCCAGACCUGCCCAGAGCAGUUUUUCGUCAACAUACUGGAACCAUUCUUGAAGAUCAUUACGUAUGCUCCCACCCCUCUUGGGCUUCCUGCCUUCUUCUUCUCUCUCUCUCUCCUGCUUCGCUCUCUCUCUCUCUCUCUCUUUUGAUUCGGUCUGAUGCCCGUGGUGUGCUCCUACGUGCAGGAAAUCGUCCCGAAUAAACACAACUCUGGCGGUCAACGGCUUGACGACGCUGCUCAUCGCCAGGCUUGAUCACCAAGAUGCUAUCGCCCGCCUGAACCUACUCAAGCUGAUCAAGGUAACUGGGCUGUUCAAUUCUUCACAUCAGCAAUACCCGUCUCUUGGAAAUACCUGCAUCUAAGAUUUCAAUUUUAUAUCAUCUUAAGCUUACUAAAAAGAGAAAGGUGGGCCCAUUCAACAUCUUGACUUCUAUGACAGCACCCAUCAGCAUGAUUUUAUUAUAUCGCUUCUAUAGUUUCAUGAUCAUCCCAGCCGUCAAUGGCCAUUUCCAUAUUCGAAAAAAAGAAGAAAAAUAUGGCUGAAAAGCACCCCCUGCCAUUUUUGCUUUUCUGGGUGUUGACGGUCUUCUUGCCCUGCCCCUGCUAGGCCAUCUACGAGCACCAUCCCCGGCCAAAGCAGCUCAUAGUGGAGAACGACCUGCCUCAGAAGCUCCAGAGCCUGAUUGAGGAGCGCAGGGACGGGCAGCGCUCCGGAGGCCAAGUGCUGGUCAAGCAGAUGGCCACUGCACUGCUUAAAGCGCUUCACAUCAACACGGUUUUGUAA